UAUUCGCUGUCUCCAGGAUCGUUCGUCUCCUCGGCCUUUCAUCUCCACUCCCACGAGUUCACCUCGACCAAUUCCUGGGUGAAUACCCUCAUCUCCACUCUUCCACCUUUUCCUCCCUACUUUCUUGCCUCAAUUGGCUGCCUUAGUUGACAAUGUUCUACCGUAACGUUGCUGCCCGCUCUGCUCUCAGAGCUUUCUCUAGCUCCAAUGCCUCUGUGGCUCGCUCGGCCCUUGCAAACAAUGUGUUCAAGGCCCCAUUGACCUCUUCCGCUCGUUAUCCCGCUCGCCCGACCACUUCUCCCAGCCUUGCUCUGGCGGCUCGCAAGCCCGUGACCACUGCUCUUAUCCGCCAUGCCUCUACCGCUCCCAAGGAGGGCAAGGAAGAUGAGGCAGAGGUUGAUAUGAUGGCCGGUAUCAAGAGUGAGGCGCAGCGUUCCCAAGGAGGCUCUCUACCUCGCAUGGCCGGUGUCGUCCCCUACGUUGCUACUUCUCUUGAGACUGUCUACCUUUCCUAUGAGAUCAACCGCGCCGCUUCUCUUGGCGACGGCCUCAUCUUCUCUGGCCAGAGUGCCGAGUUGAUGCUUCACAUGCUCGAGCCCAUCCAGGUCGGCUACGGUGCUGUGAUCCUUUCCUUCCUCGGUGCCAUCCACUGGGGUCUUGAGUGGGCCGGAUAUGGUGGAAAGCUCGGCUACAAGCGCUACGCUGCCGGUGUCAUUGCCCCCGCUGUCGCCUGGCCCACUCUGCUGUUCCCCGUCGAGUAUGCCUUGAUCAGCCAGUUCCUUGCUUUCACUUUCCUGUACUACAAUGAUGCUCGUGCUGCCGCUGCCGGCCGUGCUCCUGCCUGGUACGGCAUGUACCGCUUCGUCCUGACCUUCAUUGUCGGUGCCAGCAUUGUCGCCAGCUUGAUCGGCCGUGAGCAGAUCGCCAACACUGUCAGCGAGCACAGCUUCAAGGACAAGAUCAACGCUCUCCUCUUCCUGCAGAAGAAGGAGAAGGAGGAGGCCGAGGCCCGCCGCAAGGCCGAGCUCGGUGAGGAGGACUCUGAGUAA